AUGACAAAAGAGAGGAAAACCCGAGCGUUGUUACUCAUUUUGUUGUUGCAUUUUGGUUCAGGACAAACUGAUUACGCUCCAUAUUUUUACGACAAUGGUCCGAGCAGCAGCAACGGAAACAUGGCCCUGUUCAGUCUGUCAGAGGACACGCCCAUCGGGGCUGUGGUCUACGUGCUGAACGGCACAGACCCGGAGGACGACCCCGUCACGUUCGGACUCUCGUUUGACAAAGGAACAAAAGAGUUUUUCAGAGUCGAGCCCAAAUCUGGAAAAGUGACUCUGACGCAGGAGCUGGACAGAGAGACUCAGACUGAGAUUUCUUUCUCCGUGAGCAUCACAGACGGACGGAACAAGGUGGUGGAGACGGCCAGAGUCUUUGUCACUGACGCCAACGAUGAAGCUCCCGAGUUUCAGAACCUGCCGUUUAUAAUCAGCCUCCCAGAGGACACAGCUCCAGGGACCAGUGUUUACAAAGUGGAGGCCACGGACAAAGACAUGGGCUCAGGAGGAAGCGUCUCGUACUUUCUGCAGGCCUCCUCCUCCUCCUCCUCCUCCUCCUCCUCCUCUGUCCCGUUCACCAUCGACCCUCACAGUGGGAUCCUCCGAGUGCGACCGGGAGAAACUCUGGACUACGAGACCACGCCCACUCAUUUCAUCACCGUCAUCGCCAAGGACGGAGGCGGAAAGUACAAAGGCAGACACCAGGUCCUGUCGUCCAGCGCCACGGUCACAGUGAACCUGCUGGACGCUCAGGACAUGCCCCCGGUGUUUGUCGGGACGCCGUACUUCGGAUACGUCUACGAAGUCUCUGUGCCGGGCUCAGAGGUGUUCACCGUCUCCGCCCGAGAUGGAGACCAGGGAAACCCAAACCCGAUGUUCUACCAGAUCAUCAACGGCAGCGACGGCGUUUUCGACAUAAACGGCACCAGCGGGUGCAUCACUCUGAACACGCCCCCCACGGCGCUGAAGAACGAGCUCUACGAGAUCAUCGUCCAGGCGUCGGAGCUGGGGGUGGACGGUCAGCUCCAAGAGUCCGACCUCACCGCGGUCACGGUCCGAGUGGUGGACCUGAACAACCACCCGCCCACGUUCUACGGCGAGAACGGGCCCCAGAGCCGCUUCGAGCUGACCAUGAGCGAGCACCCGCCGGCGGGAGAGAUCCUCCGAGGGUUUAAGAUCACCGUCAACGACUCGGACCAGGGAGCCAACGCCAAGUUCAAGCUGCGUCUGGUGGGACCGAGCCGCGUCCUCAGGGUCGUCCCUCAGACGGUCCUCAACGAGGCCCAGGUCACCAUCAUCGUGGAGGACGCGACGGGGAUCGACUACGAGAAAGGACCCACGCUCUCCUUCAAGCUGUUGGCCGUGGAGAUCGACACUCCAGAGCGGUUCAGUUCCACGGCCGACAUCUUGAUAAACCUCCUGGACACGAACGAUAACACGCCCACAUUCACCUCAGAGUAUUACAUCGCCCGAGUCCCCGAGAACUCGCCAGGAGGCUCCAGCGUGGUGUGUGUGAAGGCCGAGGAUCCAGACUCUGGUCCGUGGGGAGACGUCACUUACACCAUCUAUGGAUCAGGAGCAGAUCUGUUUGCGAUCCAGCCGUCGUCCGGCCUCAUCUCCACUCAGCCCUGGACCAGUCUGGACGCGGAGGUCCGGUCCAAGUAUAACUUCUACGUGAAGGCGGAGGACUGUGACGGGAGGUACGGUCUGGCCGAGGUGUUUGUGAGCGUCACCGACAUGAACGACCACGUCCCCGAGUUUGACCACAGGCUCCAGGACAAGACCAUGGUCAUCGGGUCCCCGGUCCGAGUGGAGGCGAUAGAUGAAGACGCAGAAUCGCCCAAUAACCUGAUCGAGUACUCCAUCAUGAAAGCCGACCCGGACAACGCCUUCGACAUAAACGCAGAGACGGGCGACAUCUACCUGAAGCCGUACAUCAAGUCCAUGGAGAUCGUGCAGAACAUCACCCGACAGAAGGACUGCACCUGGUCUUUGGUGGUCCAGGCCAAAGACUUAGGAUCCCCCUCCUUCAGCACGACCACGGUGGUCAACAUCGACAUCACGGAGGCGGAUCACCUCAAAGGGCCAAUGGCGGCGUUUUUAAUGCGCAGUAGGGACAAUCCGAUGAAGGCCGUAGUCAUGGUAAUCGGUAUCAUUAGCGUGUUGGUAGGUGUAACCGCCAUGUUGUCUGCUGCUUUGUUUUUACGCAACUCCAAGUCCAAUAAGAUCAUGCCCGCUCGCCGCAUCAUCAAAAGGCGACCGAGAGAUCAACAACAACAACAAACACAACAGAUUUCAACAUGGCGGCUCAGUAUGCCGCUGUUCAGGUUGUCAAAGCCGGGCGAAAAGUUCCUAGCCGAGGAUACUGAUGCUAGCGGGGAUUGCGAAGCUAGCAUGAGUCCGAGGGCUAAACCGCCGCCUCCGAACGCGCCUUUGCCGCCUCCUCCUCCGUGUGUUAGCAGGGCGGGUGACCGGCCCAGGUCGGUGCCUACCAUAUCCGGAGCGCUAGCAACGAAAGCGUCCAGUAAGGCUAAAGCUAACAGACGCAAAGAGGGAAACAUUAGCGCCGCUUUGGUCUCAGAGUUGAAAAUGAAACUGGAGCAGAAGAUAAUCGAGAGUAAUAAAGGGUAUUAUUGUUGAAACGG